GGCACUGCCGGCGCGGCGAGGCCGGGAGGCGCGCAGGGCGGUGCCGCCCACUCCGGCCCUUCCCAGAGCGCGGCCGGGGUGGCGCCGGAGCAGCCGCGCCCAGGGGCUCCGGCCUCGGCGACGAUUAGCCGCCGGAUCCCGUAGUUCACAGCAAAUCUUUUAAUUAAGCAUGGAAUAUGGAAAACAGCAGAAAAACUUCUGCUAGUGCUUUAGUCUCAUCUGAAAUUCUGUGGGCAUGUGUCUUAUAAGCAGUAUAAUGGCAGAAUUUUAAGCCAAUUUGAGAAUCUCUUGUCUUUUAGUAGAAAUUUCAAGCAUUAUUUUUGCUGCAUACUACUGAAUGCCCAGUUAGUGAAAUUGAAGGUCUUUCACUCAGAAGAAAUAAAUCAAGAAGCAGAUCAUGGUACCAGGAAAGCCCUGCAGGAUCCUGAAUUGUACACCAGCCUCGUCCUUGGGAUCCAGCGCAGAGCUGAGGCCGCACUGUCACUGCGGGCCGAGUGCUCUGUGUCCCCUACCUCUGUUCUCGUCUCAGCUGGGGAACCUGAGGCUCGCGUGCUUUGGAGCUGCUGUGGAUGGCCCUGGCUCUCUUGACCACCCUUCCGAGUAGGAUGUCACUGAGAUCCCUCAAAUGGAGCCUCCUGCUGCUGUCCCUCCUGAGUUUCCUUGUGAUGUGGUACCUCAGCCUGCCCCACUACAAUGUGAUAGAACGUGUAAACUGGAUGUACUUCUAUGAGUAUGAGCCAAUUUACAGACAAGACUUUCGCUUCACGCUUCGAGAGCAUUCAAACUGCUCUCAUCAAAACCCAUUUCUUGUCAUCCUGGUGACCUCACACCCUUCAGAUGUGAAAGCCAGACAGGCCAUUAGAGUUACUUGGGGUGAAAAAAAGUCUUGGUGGGGAUAUGAGGUUCUUACAUUUUUCUUAUUAGGCCAACAGGCUGAAAAGGAAGACAAAAUGUUAGCAUUGUCCUUAGAGGAUGAACACCUCCUUUACGGUGACAUAAUACGACAGGAUUUUUUAGACACGUAUAAUAAUCUGACCUUGAAAACAAUUAUGGCAUUCAGGUGGGUAACUGAGUUUUGCCCCAAUGCCAAGUACAUCAUGAAGACAGACACUGAUGUUUUCAUCAAUACUGGCAACUUAGUGAAGUACCUUUUAAAUGUAAAUCACUCAGAGAAGUUUUUCACAGGUUAUCCUCUAAUCGAUAACUAUUCCUAUAGAGGAUUUUACCAGAAAGCCCAUAUUUCAUACCAGGAGUAUCCCUUCAAGGUGUUUCCUCCCUACUGCAGUGGGUUGGGUUAUAUAAUGUCCAGAGAUUUGGUGCCAAGAAUCUAUGAAAUGAUGAGUCACGUAAAACCCAUCAAGUUUGAAGAUGUUUAUGUUGGGAUCUGUUUGAAUUUAUUAAAAGUGGACAUCCAUAUUCCAGAAGACACAAACCUUUUCUUUUUAUAUAGGAUCCAUUUGGAUGUCUGUCAACUCAGACGUGUGAUUGCAGCUCAUGGCUUUUCUUCCAAGGAAAUUAUCACAUUUUGGCAGGUUAUGCUGAGGAAUACCACAUGCCAUUAUUAAUUUGACAAAAGCCUAGAGAAAGACAGGAUACUCUUUGGAUAAUAUUAAAAUUACUUUAAAAUCUCCAAUGGAAAACUCAUGGGAAGGUCACUGUGUUGACUUACACUGAACUGAGACUCAUGAAGUGCCCAUGGACUAGGGACUGGAGGGGUUACACUUGUGACUUAUUUAGACAAAAAUCAAGUCAGGCCCUCUAAUGGGAGGAAAUGGGAGAUUUUUGUUAAUAAAACUAAUAGGACAAAAUUAUUUGAACAUGCCAUUCUAGAAACUAGAACGUGUUAAAAGGAUUUCAUUGGAUUAUAAUCUCAUCAGUCCAUAAAAACAAAGCAAUGUGGAGUUCUAAUCAUUGAACAGAAUAGUCAGGUAAAGGUUUUGUGUAUAUCUUACAUGGGUUACCAGUUUUUAAAAUACAUAGUUCUGUGUAAAAAAACUGAAGUUAUACUGAGCAAAAUUUCAUCCAUUUUGGUCAUUCAGAAGGUACUUCAAGAUGUUACAGCAUUUCACAGUUACGAAUUACUGUCUAAUAUUACGUAGGACUUUCUGAUGUUUGAAUGUUAUGGUUGUUUCAAUACUUUAUAAAGAGAAUAAUGAAUCACCCUUUACAUUUGAACUUUUCUCCAGUUACUUCACUGAUGAGUUUAUUGUUUGAUAGCUCCAUUAGUGUAAAGUCAUUGGUCAUUAUUGCAUAUCAGUAAUCUCUUGGACUUUGAUAAAUAUUUUACCGUGGUGAUACAGAAAAGAAUUAAAACAAGAAGAUCUGAAUUAUUGUCUUGUUUUUAAAAAUGUAAUUCCCAGUGUUUUUAUGUCACUACAUCUGUCUCAUUUUUCCACUUGAAAAUUGGGAAUAAUAUAUAGAAUGCCAGGCAGCAUGUUUCCUUUUGGAAAGGACUCUGAAGACAAAAAAGAAAAGAGAGAACCCAAUGGCCAGGAUAUUAUGAAUGUUAUUAUGAAUCUGUUCCAUGUGUGUUCUCAUUAACUGUCAAUUUGAGAAUAAAGACGGAAAAAACA